AUGACACAAACAAAGAGAAAAGUUGAAGAAAAAGAGAAAUUGCCUCCUUCACCUGAUUAUGAACCAACAGCAUUUUUAAGAUGUCAUUCUAAAGACAAUGAUCCAAAUGAUGAUAAUUCAAAAGUAUGGAAAUCAGCAUUCGAACCAAGUUUACAGAGUAAGGGAGAAACAACUUAUAUAUUAGCCACAUGUGGAUCAAAAGUAGUCAACUUCAUAGAUUGUCAAACUGGUAAGGUGAUGAAGAGAUAUAAUGAUACAGAUAGUAAUGAGUCAUUCUAUACUUUGGCUUGGAGUACGUUACCAAUUCAAGGCAAAACUACUAAAUGUAAUAUUCUAGCUGUAGCAGGUGAAGGAUGUUGUAUCAAGUUAUUAUACCCAACUCAACUAGUCAUGUAUUCAUCUCUAUCAUAUCAUAAAAAAUAUAUCAGUUCAUUAUUAUUUCAUCCAACUAUACCUAACUAUCUUUACAGUAGUUCUAGAGAUGGAUGGAUUGUGUUAUGGGAUAUAGGUUUACCAGAUUUAACAUGGAAAACUAAAGCAGAUACACGUCCACUAUUAAGACUAGCUGUACCAAACAUUAAUUCUGAUGCUAUUAAUUUAGUGUACAGUCCAACUUUAAAUGUGUUAGUAGCUGCUUGUGAAAAUGGGUGUAUAGGCUGGAAAUUUGAUGCCACAAAAUUACAGAAAACACAGAAAAGAAAUAGAGUAAUAAGUGAGCCAGAUUAUAUAUUUGUACAAUCUAAUGAAAAACAAACUAUAGAUGGUCUAGUUAUGUUAACUCAUGAUUUAGUGGCUAGUAAAGAAGUGGGGACAGGUACUAUUAAGGUGUGGAAUAUCAAAGAUAGUAUCAUUACCAAGAAAGUUAAAUCAAAACAAAUCCAGCCCUUACUAGAAUUAGAGUAUACCUCAACACAAGUUGAUUAUCUUAACUUUGGUUAUUCUCAAGGUAUGUUAUGUGUGGGUGAUGAUGAAGGACAGUUAUAUUUAUAUAAUUUACUAAAACAGUUAAAAGACACAAGACCUGUUAAACAUAUUUUUACACCUUCACAGGUAUUAGAAUGGCCAGAAUUAAAUAUUGACAGUAAGUCUCAAAUAGAUGAUGAUGCUGUCCCAGAACUUGAAAAUCAGAAAAUAGUGAUUAAUUGUGUUUCUGUGAGUUCAGAUAAAGAAUAUAUAGUUUACGGAACUGAUACAAAUUUACUGUGUAUUUGGAAGAAAUGCUAA